AUUCUUCUCAUUCGCUUAUCGAAAAAUAUCAUACACUCUUCAAGCCAACAGUCCAGCUAUUGUCUGCUGCGCAUCAAACCUCAGCGAAACAAAGGCACUGAAAUCACACCUGCCACAUAAUGAGCAAGCUGUGGAGUCUAUUUUUCAAAGGUGCGGUGUUGGUUGCGCCCACUGCCACGUAUGUCAUACCGAAAGCAACCAACGCCAUGCAUAAGACAUUCACACAAACAACCGAAUCGCCAGUAGUGACAGACAUUAGCUCGACAGGAUCAUCGUCCUGACGGGUGCUUUUAUUUUUGCCCCCACUGUCCACGCGGCUACUGCCUUUUCAGAUGCAUGACGCUAUGCCCAGAUUUCGUGCCUGCAACAUCCGCACAUUCGAUAACAACAGUGCCGAUGUCUAGCGAAACACCGACUACAGCAUAUACGCCAACACAAACAACUGUCUUAACCACAGAUGGUGCUGAAGGAACAAAGAGGCAUAGUAUCGCAAGGCAUUAUCUUACCGCUUUGCUGCCGACGCUCUAUUGAUAGUUGAUUAGUCCAAGAAAGCAUUGUGCUUAUCGCUAUCAGGCUGUCGUUCAUGUGCUGUGCUUGACAGAUCACGAUUCCCACCAUGGAAGCGAUUCAUUUGUCCGCCAAGGGUAAGUGCCUAAAUGGCUGGUGUUGAUGGGGUGGUUAUUCGAUAGCUCUUUAGGUCCAGUACCG